AUGGCUUCGUUCGCCUACGCAUUCUUGCUGGCAAUAGGGCAGCGUAUCUUCUACAUCGACUCCCUCCACGAGCAAUAUGGACCCAUUGUACGACUAUCACCUAAUGAGGUUGCCGUUGCCGACUUGGAUGCCUUCAAAGAGAUCCACAAGAUUGGCACCAAGUACAUGAAAAGCGAAUGGUACCUCCGCCUUGCGAACUUCCCCAAGGCCGGUGUGUUCACCAUGCUUGAUCCACGCGAGCAUGGACCGCGAAGGAAGCUGUUAUCCAGGUCAUUCAGCAGGACUUACCUUGUCGAGCAUUGGGAGUCUGUCGUCAGAGACAAAGCGCUCAUGGCUGUUACAAAGAUCAAGGCGGAUGCUACGCAAGCGACAGCCGACGUGUACAACUGGUGGAUGCUUCUUGCCUCGGACGUUAGCGCCCACCUCGCAUUUGGCGACUCAUUCAACAUGCUGGAAUCGGGAGAGCAAAACCAAUUCAUGCGCGUGCUGAAAAAGCUCACCAUGGGAGCUGGCAUCAUGGUCGAAAUGCCAUUCCUCCGCCUCCUGCGCUUCGUACCAGUCCCAGCAAUCCAAGAGAUGUUCAACGCAAACGAGUUCAUCCUCGCCGGCGCAGGCAAAGCCGUCGAAACAGCACGCUCACGCACCGGCGAAAACAACAUCUUCGCAAAGGUCAUCGAGGACUGCGAGAAAGAAGGUGAGGGCCACAUUGACGACAUGGACGUCAGAAUCGAAGCCAUGAACGUCAUCAUUGCAGGCACCGAUACGACGGGAGUAACCCUGACGUACCUCACAUGGGCGGUGCUCCAACGACCGGAGCUGCAAGCGGCGCUCGAGGCUGAGACCGCGGCGCUAGCGCAUGACUUCACUGAAAACGAUCUCAUCAAACUUCCGCUGCUCAACGCAGUUAUCGAAGAGACGCUCCGGCUCUACGGUGCGGCGCCAAGUAGUCUGCCGAGAGUGGUACCGCAAGGUGGUACCAAGUUCGCUGGCCACUACAUCCCACAGGGCGUCACGGUCGAUACGCAAGCCUACACUUUGCAUCGCGACCCCAAGAUCUGGAGCGACCCUCUGACUUUCAACCCACAACGCUGGAUCGCCACCGACAAGGAAAUGGUGCCUGAAGCUCAGUCGCCUGGGGCGAAGCUCGCUUUCCAUCCUUUCGGCGCCGGCGCCCGCUCGUGUAUCGGUAUUCAUCUCGCGCGCAUGGAACUGCGGUAUGCGACUGCGUUUUUCUUCCGCGAGUGCCGUGGUAUCCGUUUGGCGCCCAGCACGACGCCUGAGAGUAUGGAGUUUGAGAACUUCUUCCUCAUUGCGCCGAAGGCGCAUCGUUGUGAGAUCACGUAUAAGCGGGGGCAAUAG